UGUGAGUGGCUCUCCCCCAACCCUGUGGGCACCUCGAGGGCGGCAGGGCCCGCCAUCUUUAAUUUUGUCUCAGAACCCAGCCCUGAGCCUGCCACAGUAGGCCCAGGGUCUGGUAAAUCAAGGAAACCAGGAAGUCGUGUUCACCUCCCAAGACCCAUCUGUCACAGGACCUCUGCGAGGUCAGAGAAGGGGUUUUGGAGAUGGUAAGACCCCAUGGUCACAUCCCAUUGGCUCUAUUAAAGGGGUCAAUCCUUAUCCUCAGGACAGAUUCUUGGAAGGGCAAGAGCGCAGCGGCUCAAUCUCAUCUUGGGCCCCGUGCUGGGGAGAGCUCCAGGGUCGGGAUCGCACAUCCAGCCUCGGCGGUCAGAGCCCAGAGCCAUGGGUCCCUGUGAUCGAACCAGAGAAGGGCCUGAGAGUGGGGCGGGAGUCAAGAUGAAAGCAGCAGCAGUGCACCACGGCUGCUGACCACCUGACCUGUGGAGGCAGGACUCGAGUGGCUAACCCCAAACUCUGCUGGCGCAAGCUGCCCUGGGUCACUGAGGGAGCUGGGCUGCACAGCAGGGGUCUGCACCAGUGCCUCUCCGUGCGUGCGCGCCGCUGCCCGAGUGCCUCGCGCCCCUUCGACAGCAGUUGCUCACUCGGGAUGCAGCGAGUUGGUAGCCGUCUCCCCAACGAGUCUCCCUGUCCCAGCACAGCCUUCGCUAAACAUAACCAGGUGGCCACGCACCCGGUACGGCUGCUUGGGGUCAAUGAGGCAGCUUCUCAGAACAACUUCCCUGUGGAGGGUGGCUUCCAGAUGAAGGUGGAUUCGUACGGCUUCACCCCCGACGAGCUGCUGGUGCAGGUGGACGGCCGGUGUCUGAUGAUGACGGGCCAGCGGCAACUGGAGGGCUGCAGGCCGGAUGGGGUCGGCUACCGCGUGGCGCAGAGAGUGCACCGACAGAUACAACCACUGCCGGACCUGGAUCCCACCGCCAUUUCCUGCAGCCUGACCCCUUCGGGCCAGCUGUGCAUCCAAGGCCAGUGCCGGGCGCUGCCUUCCUCUGAGGCCUAAAUAGUCCCAUCCUCAAGACUCCAGAGCCGUGACUCUAAGAAGGGUCAACCUAGCCUGACCCAGUAA